GUCCAGAGAGCACCAACGCCAGAGAGCCUGGUAUUGGAAGGUUAAAAGCUGGAUUGGUAUUAGAGUCAACAGUUUGAUUUGAGCUAUGUAGCCAGCUAGUUCCUCUUACUCAAAUUGCCUCAUUAUUUCUCCAGAAAAGAAGACUUAUUUUUUGAGGUUGGUUGGAGGUCACAACCGGGACCCUGGGAUUCCUUGAAGGGAUAGUACAUUUUGUGUUGCUCGACUCUUAUCACCUACCGGUAGCCAGUGGGGCUACUGAGUGUGAUAUUCUGUAUGACCACUGAGAACACCUCAUUCACAAAAUCUAUUAUCCUGUCUAUUAUCCCACCAUGAAAAUCAAUGCCAAAUCUGUUGCUGCCGCUACCCAGGCUACUGUCAACCAUGCUACCCAUGCUACCCAACCUUCAGUGGCUCCAUUUGUCCCCAUGAAAUCAGUGAAGCCUGUGAACCCCUGUGCUCUUCUAUCAAAUGUCCGGGUUGCCAAUGUGAAUGAGGUUCUUGAAACGCUGAAUACUCCUUCUUCGAGCCAACAUCAUCACCAUCCCUAUUAUGUCAGGCUCCACAACAAAGAGGAGAAGAUUAGGGAACUACCAACUUUGGAAGAGGCAACCAACAACAAAGCUUAUGAUUGGUUCACAGAGUCAAAGGAACCAACAUCCAAGAGAGGCAAACAUACCACCACAACCUUUUUACCUUUGUUCAUGCUGGUGAUUUGCAUACAGAACCACCCAGCCUUCCACCUGGGUCCAACCUACUACACGUGAAGAAUCCAAAGCAUCUAGAGCCAUUCACUGGUACUGAGGGAUGUCAUCGCCAACUUGUCUGUACACUGGUUCCUAGGAGUUUUCUUCAACAAACCUAUGGUAAGCAAGUCAUACUCCCAAUAAUUGGAAGCUUGUCAACGCAGUCAAAAUGGACAAACUCUAGCUAGCUAGCAUUGACUAAGGCGUGGCGUCGUAGACUACAAAGUAGAUUCUGGUGUCAAAUGAUGACCGGAAGCCAGCUGACC